CGCGCGGGGAGGGGCGGGGCGACGCCACGCCGGUAGCGUCAGUCGCGCGCGGUAGCCGGGGCGGCAGCGUGAGGAGAGAGCGCGCGCGCACCGGUCCGUCCCGAUCCCCGCUCCGCCGCCAUGGCCGCGUACCGCCUCGUGCUCGUUCGCCACGGGGAGAGCGCCUGGAACCUGGAGAACCGCUUCAGCGGCUGGUACGACGCCGAUCUCAGCCCCGCCGGUCAGCAAGAGGCGCGGCGUGGCGGCGAGGCCCUCCGAGAUGCCGGCUACGAGUUCGACAUUUGCUUCACCUCGGUACAGAAACGGGCCAUCCGUACCCUCUGGACCGUGCUGGAUGCCAUCGAUCAGAUGUGGUUACCCGUUAUCCGAACCUGGCGCCUGAAUGAGAGGCACUAUGGGGCUCUGACUGGUUUGAACAAGGCUGAGACGGCGGCAAAGCACGGUGAGGCACAAGUGAAGAUCUGGAGGCGUUCGUAUGACAUCCCUCCACCUCCCAUGCAGUCUGAUCACCCCUUCUACAGCACCAUCAGCAAGGACCGUCGCUACGCUGACCUGACAGAGGACCAGCUGCCAACAUGUGAGAGCCUGAAGGACACCAUUGCCCGGGCUCUGCCCUUCUGGAAUGAGGAAAUUGUGCCGCAGAUCAAAGAGGGAAAGCGAGUCCUUAUUGCUGCCCAUGGCAAUAGUCUGCGUGGGAUUGUCAAGCACCUGGAAGGCAUGUCAGAAGAGGCCAUCAUGGAGCUGAACCUGCCCACUGGUAUCCCUAUCGUUUACGAGCUGGACAAGAACCUGAAGCCUGUCAAGCCCAUGCAGUUCCUGGGGGAUGAGGAGACAGUGCGCAAGGCCAUGGAGGCUGUCGCUGCUCAGGGCAAGGUCAAGAAGUGAGGGUGGGCAGCAGUCUAGCAUGUAGUAGAUGAGUCCCCCACUGUCCCCCCACCCCUCUGUGCACACCCCCCACAGCUGUAGGAACUUGGAGCUGCAGAGCUGGAGCAGCUCCCCAGGAUUAGGCCCAUUCCCUCGGGACCAGGCUUCCCUCUGGAGACAGCCCGGGGCAAGGGAAUGAGCGUGUGGAGAGGUGGCGUGAGAGGGAGCCCCAGCUCUGCCAGGUAGCAACCGCACACCUUUCCCCGCUGAGAUCCCAGCCCUCGGGCCCUGUCUGCAGGGGGACCUGCCAAGCGAUCCCUUUCCACACCAGGCUCCUCCUCUGCUUUGCUUCCUCGGCAGCUCUCGUCACCUGGUUACUGUAGUUCUGUUGCUUGAUUUAGUCUUCCCGGGAGCAGUGGGGUGAGCACAGCGACCAAGAUGGGUACCUCAUCCCCUCGUGGGUGUGUGGCACAAGGAUUGAGAUGCGCAGACACUGAAAGGGUUGUGUUUUGGUGCACGUGGUACAGCACCCAAGGGUGGUACUCACGACUCUGGACCUAGCUCUGCCAGCCCCUGCUUUAACUUAUUGCUUUUGGACAAGGUGAGAGCCUGUUGUCUGGAGGUUCGUGUCUGCCACAUCUUUCCCCCAGCCAAAGCCCAUCCUAGUCCUGCUAGUGUAGCAGGUGCCAUUGUGCUCCAUCCCACAUGCGUGUGUGUGGCCCUGUCGCUGUGGCCUCCCCCUCUGCUGGUGCCAUGAGCCUGGGCUUGCAGGGGGUCAGUGUUAACUGUCUGACAAUAGCAGCUGUCUCGUUCCAGUUCAAUAAAGGAAUUAUGUGCAGUU